CUUGGUCCUCGUGACAAGCCAGCAAAGCGGACAUGUUUCCGAUAAUAACAUUAGGUCAGACCGGCCACAGGGUCAACGGUAGGCACCCCCUCGGCUGAAGGACCGGGAUUUGGGAGUGAACCAAAGAGAAAAGCAACCGGAUGGCCACCAAAGAGGGAGGAGAGCAGCAUAAAGAGUAGAUCGGUUUGUUGCGAAUUAGGUUUGCAUGCUCACCAGUCACCACCCCACCCAUGGCGUAGCGUGGGACGACUCCCUUCUAGUGGUGGUUGCGAGAUGUUAAACGGCCUCAUUACCCCCAGACCCCAAGCCCUGAACCAGUCAAGCCCACCACCCUUCCGUUUCACCCUCCCUUAUAUCUCUCCCACCUUUCCAACCACUGUUUAUCAGCUCUAUCACCGUAUCUCAGUACUCUCAUUAGCUCGCAAGAACAAUAUAGAUCACUAAGAAGGUAGCUAGCUAGCUAGAGGUGAAGCAAGAGUAGGGAGAUGGAGGGUCGAUACUCCGGCCGGCCGAUAUCCGGCUCCAUCGUGUCGGAGCUCGAAGGUGCUCUUCUCAAGGACACCGACCUAUUCCCCUACUUCAUGCUCAUCGCCUUCGAAGCAUCCGGCCUGGUCCGCUUCGCCGUUCUGCUUCUCCUGUGGCCCGUCAUUCGAUUGCUCGACUUUGUCGGCAUGGGAAAGCUGGGGUUGAAGCUUAUGACAUUCGUGGCGGUCGCCGGCGUCCGGAUGUCGGAGAUCGAGGCGGUGUCGCGGGCGGUGCUGCCCAAGUUUUACAUGGAUGAUGUUGAUAUGGCGGCGUGGGGCUUGUUCAGCUCGUAUGAGCGGCGGGUGGUGGUGACAAGGUGCCCGGGGAUCAUGGUUGAGAGGUUUGCAAAGCAGCACCUCCGCGCCGACGAGGUGGUUGGGUGCGAGCUCGAGGUCAAUCGGUUCGGGUAUGCCACCGGACUUCUGAGGAGAGCGGAGGGAUCGGUCGCCGAUCGGGUUCGAGGAUUGUUUAGUGGCGAUAUGCCGGAUGUCGGUUUGGGAAGUUCAGCGUCGGCUCGGUCGUUCUUAUCUUUCUGCAAGGAACAGCAGCAUCCACCAUUUGCCGCCGAUCUCAAGCAUGGCAACCAGUUGAUCCGUCCGCUGCCAGUCAUAUUCCAUGACGGCAGGCUCGUUCGCCGCCCGACGCCAUUCAUGGCUCUCCUCAUCAUCCUCUGGAUACCAAUCGGCAUCAUCGUCGCCUUCGUACGCAUCACCGUCGGUCUAAUCCUCCCAUUGCAAUUCAUCCCUUACAUCGUUGGCAUCUUCGGCGGUGAGGUCAUCGUGCGAGGCCGCCCUCCGCCACCAGCGUCCGGCUCGACAAGUGGCGUCCUCUUCGUGUGCACCCACCGUACUCUCAUGGACCCGGUGGUCCUCUCCAUGGUCCUCGGUCGAAAAGUCCCGGCCGUCACCUACUCCAUCUCCCGGCUAUCGGAGAUCCUUUCGCCCAUCCGCACCGUCCGGUUGAGCCGAGAUCGUCGAGUGGAUGCGGAGAGAAUAAAGAGCGAGCUGGAGAAAGGUGACCUCGUAGUGUGCCCGGAGGGCACCACAUGCCGAGAGCCCUUCCUGUUAAGAUUCAGUGCCCUUUUCGCCGAGCUGACCGACCGGAUCGUGCCGGUGGCCAUGAAUUACCGUGUCGGAUUCUUCCAUGCAACCACUGCUAGAGGCUGGAAGGCCAUGGACCCGAUAUUCUUCUUCAUGAACCCCAGGCCGGUAUACGAGGUGACAUUUUUGAACCAGUUGCCGGUGGAGGCGACGUGCUCGGCCGGGAAGAGCCCGCACGACGUCGCCAACUAUGUGCAGAGGAUCUUGGCGGCCUCGCUCGGGUUCGAGUGCACCAACUUCACAAGAAAAGACAAGUACAGGGUGCUCGCCGGCAAUGAUGGGACCGUGAGUUUUAAAUCGGCGACACCAUGGAUGGGGAGGGUGAAGGAGGUACUGGGGUUUCUGCUGCACUAGCGCUGCUGGCUGAUGGGGUUUGAGCCAUUAUUCCUUCGGAAAAAGGAAAAAAUAAAAAAAAAAAGUGGGGUUUGAGUUACAUGUUAUCUGCUUAAAUUUGUGUAGAUAUAACAGUGGAUUCUUAUCUUUAUGAUUCUUUGAUGUAGCAAUAAUUGGAUGUUCAAAAUUUAUAUAUUUUUGUGAGA